AUGCACUCUUCUUCAAUCGGGCUUCGUACGUAUUUCGAGCUUAUCGAGCUUGGACUAGGAAAUGAAUUCCCUAAUUUGAUGCGGGGAAUUGACUUUAAUCCUAUAAAAGGGUCCAACGGACUUUCUACCGGUUCAGUCAUUUUGAUGACAUACUAUACAAUUUUCACGGCUAUUCGCCAAUACACUUUAAAAGGUAAAAUAGAAAAAGCAAAACUCAAGCAUCGUGCAAAAUUUGAGCCUCCUGUAAACGCUCAACCUCACUCACAAAAUUGUUUUUGCUCAAAAGCUUGUAUUCAUCGCUACGACAAAAUAAUUUCUUCGCUGCAACGUAAACUUUAUACGUCUGGAAGUAUUAUUCGGCAACUGAAGACCGAUUUGGCCGAAGCUAAUCAGAGAGAGGCUCCCAACAAUGAUUCCGGUCCUUCUUCAUUGGGUUCCAGUAGUGCAUCAAUAGAUUGA